UUAAUACCUAUUUUCUCGCGUCACAUGACAGAGGCGGAUGAGUGCAGAUAAUAAAAAUGUCCUAUGAUGAUGAGGAUGGGUAUGGCUAUAGUGUAGUCGGCUCAUUUCCUAAAGAUUUUGGCUAUGGCCCCGAUGACACAGACAGUGAUGCCGUGGGCAUUGUGCCCACGGAAAAUAAACCAAGAAUUUUACUUAUGGGACUACGGAGGAGUGGGAAGUCCUCCAUUCAGAAGGUUGUAUUCCACAAAAUGUCUCCAAAUGAGACUUUAUUCCUAGAGAGCACUAACAAAAUUGUAAAAGAUGAUAUAUCAAAUAGUUCCUUUGUGCAAUUCCAAAUCUGGGACUUUCCUGGACAGAUUGAUUUUUUUGAUCCCACAUUCGACUCCGAGAUGAUCUUUGGAGGGACGGGAGCUCUGAUCUUCGUAAUUGAUGCUCAGGAUGACUACAUGGAGGCACUGGCUAAGCUCCACAUGACAGUGACCAGAGCCUACAAAGUAAACCCAGAUAUCAAGUUUGAGGUGUUCAUUCACAAAGUAGAUGGGUUAUCAGACGAUCACAAGAUAGAGACACAGAGAGAUAUUCAUCAACGGGCGAACGAUGAUCUGGCUGAUGCGGGGCUGGAAAAUUUACAUUUAAGUUUUUACUUGACAAGUAUAUACGACCACUCCAUAUUUGAGGCGUUCAGUAAAGUGGUGCAGAAACUUAUCCCACAGUUGCCAAUACUGGAGAACUUGCUCAACAUUCUCAUUUCUAACUCUGGUAUUGAGAAAGCUUUCCUCUUUGAUGUUGUAAGCAAGAUCUACAUCGCCACGGACAGUUCUCCAGUGGACAUGCAGAGUUACGAGUUGUGUUGUGACAUGUUAGACGUAGUCAUUGACAUUUCAUGUAUAUAUGGUAUGGGUGAGGAUCCCGAGGCCAACCCGUUUGACAAGGAGUCUUCCUCCCUUAUAAAGUUGAACAAUGCCACGGUGUUGUACCUGAGAGAGGUGAACAAGUACCUGGCACUGGUCUGUAUACUGAGAGAGGAUAGCUUUGAGAAACAGGGUAUAAUAGACUACAACUUCCAUUGUUUUCGCCAAGCCAUUCAGGAGGUGUUUGAAGUACGAACCAAAGCCACAACACAACAGCACGGCGCUGCCGCCAUGAACUCCACGGCCAUGUUACAAGACUCGAUGCAAAGUAAUGGAAUAUCAGAAAGACCCCACUGAGAUAUAUAGGAAAAAUAUGGAUGGCAAAAUAAAUGCCACCGACUUAGUUGAAUGAAUGAGAGUUUCUGGAUAUCGAAGAGUUAAAUGAAAGAAUUUGACAGGAAGAUAAUGGAAUUGUUCAUGAAAAAGAUCUCGCGGAGAUAGAAGAGUCUGUUUACAGAAAGAAAUCAGAUUAUAUGUAAAAGAAAUAUUACCAUGUUAAACAGACAUAUCCUGUGAUACAUGGAAUUGCCUGAGAGAGAGAGAAUGAGUAAGACAGAAACCUUGCUGAUGUAGGAGAAAUACUUUUUACUGCAGUAUAUGGAAUUGCAUAUGAAACAUAUUGCAGAUGAAGAAGAGGUGCAUCACUGAAAUCUGAUGAAUUUGGUGUAUGAGCGAGAUCUUACAGUUGUACAACAAACAUUUUGUGAUAAGUGAAAACGUGUAUGAAAGAGAUCUUGCAGAUAAAGAAAAAAUGCAUCCAGAGAGAACUGUCUAUGGCAGAGAUCUACACAGGUAGAGGAGAGAUGAUUCACUGUAGUAGAGUGAAUUAUUUAUAUCAGAGAAAUCCAAAUAAAGCAUGAAAAUGACUGGGAAAAGUUUUCCAAGUUUUAAGGACUCCACAAAAAUAAGCCAGAAAACACAGGUCAAGUUGGAUCCUGUAGGUGGUAGAUGAUUCAUGCCAUAAGAGAGGAAAUUUCUGUGUCUGCGAUAUAUAAAAAAAACUCCCAUGUCCACUGUAUAGUUCUAUAAUAUGAAGUAAAAGCAGUACAAUAGUUGUGUAGAAAUAUGAUUUUUGCAAUUAUAAAAUUGUGUAUCUGAAAGUUUGAUAAUUUUUGCCCAUUGAAAAAAUCCUGUAAUUAUAUAAGGGAAGGAUUGAGAUCUUUAAUAUGGAAAAGGGUUAUGUUUGAAAAAUCUCACCAGCUAUACAUGUGCUGGAGUUCUCUGACGUCGUGUGAUAGUUUGAAAACAUACAGAGGAAACUGUACGAUGAUAUAGUUACAAGUAAGACUGAAAUGAAUUUAAUUAAAGAAAGAUUUUUAAUGAAAGAAUAUUAUAAGAUCAAGUUAUGUAAUUGUUUGAGUAUUAUUCUAGACUAGUAGAGGUGGUGUAUAAAUGUGCAUGGGAAAAAUGGAAUAAAAAUGAAGAGAUCCAUCAUAGAUAAGAAACAAUAUUCUCGUAGAAAAACUUGAGUUUUAUAUGGAGAAUACUAUGGAGAUGACACUUCAGUGUGCUAGUUUUCUUCAACUGAAGCUGAAAAAGAAAAAACUAUUAUAAUUUAUAUAAUUAUUUCUUUAUUUUUCUUCAUUUUAUUGAGCUCUUCCUUGUCAUUUCAUUUCAAGCACGAGUAAUAACUGAUAGAUUAUUGUCAAUUUCUUGUAUUGUUGAAGAAAAUAUUUUUCUUCAGAUUUACUUCUGAUGAAUCCAAUUUUGUAAAGUAUCCAAUGGAAAUUGUCUGAGAUAGCCAAAAGUCUCGCGAGACUGGGCAAAGUCUCGCGACUUAUUUAUGAUUAUGUAUACCAACCUUUGUAUUUUGAUGUAGCAUAUUAAAACGAUGGUUUGGCAGGAACGGCAGAAGUUUGUACGUGUGCUGUUCUCUUUGUAAAUAAUACGACCAAUGUGAUUGGCUAAUUCGUCCAGUUUUUUUUCCUCCUUGUGUGGUAACUGGUGAUUGGAUGUGGGCCAUAUGAUGUUAAAUGUGUCAUUAUUAUUAUUGAAAACGUAUCUAACUAUAGCGUUUUAUGCAUACAUGUAUAUUUAAUCAAAACA